AUGACAAAUACAAAUAACAACCGUGUAGUUCCAACUCAAUCUAUGACAAAAGAAGCAUGGACAACAGCAUCUCCGAGACCACAACGACGCUCCAUCAUUAGAGAAUUCGCUGUCUAUACCUCCACUGAUGGUCUACCAGGAAUUGCACGUAGUCAAAUUGCAUUUUGUAAUUAUUCACCAGCUCGUUUUGAUCGCUUAGCAGGACCUUUUCUUAACUAUUUAAAUUCAAUCAACGCAACCAAUACAAAGGAUACAGAAACACUUACUCGAGAACAAGCUACUUUACUUCGUGAUUAUUUACAAUAUCGACUUAAUACUGAUCAAUCUGUUGCUGAAUAUUUUCUCUCUCUUGAUACAAUGCUAAUAGAAUAUUUUUACAACGAUCAAGCAUGUACUGACAAUGAUUUUAUUUCGUUUUUGUCAUCUAACUACGGUCAAUGCUAUACGUUUAAUGCAAAAAAUUAA